AUGCCUCGCCAACAAAUCAAUCUAGAGCCCUUCCGCGACGAAAUAGUAUCUCUCUACCAUGAUGGCGUCAGUAGCGACUCUAUCAGCCGCGCCCUCGAGAAUCGACAUAACAUCCAGGUCAAAGAGCGCACCAUCCAAACACGCCUCCGCAAGUGGGGAAUCCGAAAGCGACAUCGAACCACAACAGGCGACGAAGCUUUACACGCCCGAAUUACCAUGCUAUUCUGGCAGGAUAGACUGACCGAUAAAGCUAUGCUCAAGUUACUGCAGCAAGAAGGCUACGGUAUUUCUGAACGCACCCUACGCAGACUACGAUUCAAGUUAGGUCUCCACAUCAGGGCCUCACCGGAUCAGGACCAGCAACAGCGCCAGCAGCAAAUGCCGAUUGCGAUAUCGAUGCUUCCCUUGCAAUAUCCGGCAGACGUCUCACCAGUAUGA